AUAUUCACAGCCUUUAACGUUAGCUUCUCUCAACAGUGCAGUCUUUGAGUGUCGCUCUCUUAGCUUCAUGGAUCUAGGCCUAGAGUGCUCAGCCAAACGGGAAUGUCUGGAUUUAGAAACCUGUGGGCGGGAAUCCGCAGAUGAUGUCACUAGAGGUGUCACCGAGGGGCCCUGAGACCCGCCCCACUCCUGGGGGAAGGCGUGGACCCGGCGCUCUGUUUUUACGUAUUUCCGGAGUCUCUUCUGAGACCAAAGGUUGUGUUGGGGAACUGAAGCAGUUUCUGUGGGCGGACAGGGAACCCUGCGUUUCUACCGUGUGAUCCGGCCACCUUCCUGGCCCGACGCCAUGGGAGUGACUUGGGCUGUUGAAUAGAACUUCCUGUGAUGAUGGAAAUGUUCUCUAACAGCAGUGUCCAAUACACUAGCCCCAGCCACCUGUGGCUCUGGGCUACUGUGCUGAACAGCUCAAGUUCACAGAGUGUGUCCCAGAUGCCUGUGGCUGAGGGCAAGAGUGUUCAGCAAACCGUAGAGCUCCUUACCCGGAAAUUGGAGAUGCUUGGGGCAGAGAAGCAAGGAACAUUUUGUGUGGAUUGUGAGACUUACCAUACGGCUGCAUCUACCCUUGGCAGCCAAGGUCAGACCGGGAAGCUGAUGUAUGUGAUGCACAACUCAGAGUACCCAUUGAGCUGUUUUGCUCUCUUUGAGAAUGGCCCUUGUCUUAUUGCUGACACCAACUUUGAUGUGCUUAUGGUGAAGCUCAAGGGCUUUUUCCAGAGUGCUAAGGCCAGCAAGAUUGAAACCCGGGGCACCCGGUACCAGUACUGUGACUUCCUGGUGAAGGUGGGCACGGUCACAAUGGGGCCCAGUGCCCGGGGCAUCUCUGUGGAGGUGGAGUAUGGCCCCUGUGUGGUAGCUAGUGACUGCUGGAGCCUGCUGCUUGAGUUCCUACAGAGUUUUCUAGGCAGCCACACACCAGGGGCUCCCACAGUGUUUGGGAACAGACAUGAUGCAGUCUACGGCCCAGCAGAUACCAUGGUCCAGUACAUGGAACUCUUCAACAAGAUCCGCAAACAGCAGCAGGUGCCGGUAGCUGGGAUUCGUUAGUGAUGAGCAGCUGCCAGCUGAGCUCUGUCACCAGGGGUACUCCACAGGAGAAGCAGGUGCUGACUGUCAGGUCCCCGGACCCCAGAAACCCAGGGUAGACAUGGAGUCUACUCUCCUUCUCUGGUUCCCAGCUGUGGCUUUUGUUCUGGGGCUCUGGAGUCCCCUUCUCAACCCCCUCUCACACAUAGCCCCCCAUCAGCUGUUUUACUCCAUUGCUUACUGGAUUUGGCCUGUCCUCAAGAAUGGUAAUUAUGAAGAAUGGAGAAGUUUGGACCCUGCCUCCUUUAGGGGAAAGGUAGGACAGGAAUGUCCCUGCCUGGUAUUGGUGGGGGAAACAGUCUGUAUCCCCAACUAUUGGGGAUUUGUCUCAGGCCCACUGUGAACAUGCUGCAUUUUAUGUUUGGACUGUGCUGUAAUAAGAGCCUCUUCCUUUUGUCAGAAGAUGUAACUGGGCUUCUAUCCUGGAGAUGGAGUGGAAGGCACAACUGGUUUGAUAGUUACCAUUUUCUUUUUUUUUUUUUUUUUUUU